AUGGCGGUCGCAGGCCUCUACCGCCGGGUACUACCGUCUCCCCCGGCAAUCGAGUUCGCCUCUUCCGAGGGGAAGGUGCUCGCCUCUGAUCUUUUCCCUUUCGCGCAGCAUCGUCCUUUCUUUUCUCUCCCCUCGUUCUCGUUUGUAAUGCUGCAUUCUGCUUUUUUGAUUCUCGGUGGCACUUGGAUCCCCAUCGUCUUCUUACUUGGUCUAUGGAGGAGGAACUCCUCUAGGGUUUUGGCAUCGUUCUCGGCCAUUUCUGUCUACUAAUUAUUCGUCUGCUGCGGUCGUCACAUCUUUGCUCAAGACGAUGGCGCUUCAGCAUUUUUCACCCAUUGGAACUCGCAACUGGCGACCCUCUCUUUCGGGAGAAAUGCGGGGCUUUCGGUUUCCUCACUUUUUUUGUUUCUCCCGCACAUAACCGUGACCGUCAAUUUGAUCUCUGCAGCAACUCUUCUCCGAGGCACUUCAGAAUGGGACGAUGGAGGGGUUCUUCAGAUUGAUCUCUUACUUCCAGACGCAAUCGGAGCCCGCCUACUGCGGCCUCGCAAGUCUCUCUGUUGUUCUGAACGCCCUUGCAAUCGAUCCUGGGAGGAAAUGGAAAGGUAGUUGUUGAAUGCUUAGUGACACUCCUUGAUGUAUCAAAUUUGAGAUCUUUCUCUUCAAGUACCUUGGUCUGGGGAUAAUUCGGAUUAAAUAUGCUGGAUCGGUGUGUGUCUGAGGUACCUUUGGAAGCUGUUUAGACAUACCUUCCUGAAUCACCACCGAGGUCCACCAUAGAUAAAAGAAAAAAAAGAAGAGAUAUCGAGGGUAUCAGUGGAUGCGUCUAGUACAUAAGAUGUGUGUGGGGACACAAAUUUUCAAACAGGGCCCUCUGUAAUUAUUUCUAGACUGCAUUUUUUCAAUAUCGUACCUUCCGCUGCAUCAUUCAAUGGGAAAGUAACUAGUAUGUAAAGUGGGGUUGGUUUCCUUUCAUGGAUCGGAGAGUUUUUAUCAGCUUCUUGUUUUCAUUGUUUGUGCUCUUACAGGGCCGUGGAGAUGGUUUGACGAGUCAAUGUUAGACUGCUGUGAGCCUUUAGACAAAGUCAAGGAAAAAGGUAUCACGUUUGGGAAGGUUGCUUGCCUCGCCAACUGUGCAGGCGCUAAAGUUGAAACUUUCCGGACAAACCAAAGCUCUGUUGACGAUUUCCGCCAGAAGCUUAUUAGCUGCGCAUCCUCUGAGGAUUGCCACUUGAUCGCGUCAUAUCAUAGGAAGCCUUUUAUGCAGGUGCCCCUCCGGCCUCAGGACUUUUUUUUUGAGCUGUGAUCUUGCAUCAUGCAUUCAUUUGCCUCUACUUUCGCCUCGCCCAUUAAGAAUUUGGUAAAGAGCUGGUUCAUUGCUCAUUUCUUAACUGAAUACAUGUAACUGCACCAUCGUAGAAUUCCUUAGAUAUGUCUUAGCUUAUCAAGACUACGGCACUUCAACGUAUCAUUUAAGAACCCUGUUUUGUGUAGUUGAAGGACUUAGCUUGACUAUAAACUCUUGGAUCAUUUGCUCACCCGUUUUUUUUCGGUUAUCCUGCUGUAAAUUAUAUCUUGUGCCGCAAAAAAUGGUUUGAUGACAGAAAGCAUGGUAUGUCUGAUUGUCAUGAUAUAGCCUUCUAUAUCUGAUUCAUGUACCCAGACUCCAGGACGACGCUUUAUUUGUAAAUUGGCAAUAGAUUGUGCUACAAAACCCCACCGUUAAUUCCAAUGGGAAUAAAAAAAUUCGCUAGAAUUUCGUAGUACCACUGACUGAUGGAUGUUUUCUACAUGGUGUUGACGAAAGUGAAAACAAAAAAUAAAUGUUACAAAAGAAAAUGUUUCUUCCUCAAAACCUGCUUUAUAUUUACGUGACCAUGCAUUGUUGGCGUGUAUGUUUUUUUGACAGUAUACAUCAGGCAGGAUAAACUUUGCAUACUGCAAUUUUGUAGACAGGAACUGGCCAUUUUUCACCGAUUGGAGGGUAUCAUGCUGGGAGAGACAUGGCAUUGAUCUUAGAUGUCGCACGCUUCAAAUAUCCCCCCCACUGGGUUCCAAUAUCUCUCCUUUGGGAGGCAAUGGAUACAUUUGACGAGGCAACGGGGCUUCCGCGUGGGUAUGUUCUCAUCUGUACCCUAUUGGAUGAAAAAAUGAGUAUUAAUUACUCUGCUCGUCUAAUCACCGAAACCAAUCAAGUGCUUCUUUCAAAUGCUUCUGUGCCUUGUGUUCUGUAAAUACGAGGUCUGUUUACUGAUUCGUGAGAUGAGCAAUGCGGCAACACUUCAUUUAGUUAGGUCUCGUUUCGAACAGCUGUCUUGAGGCCAGGUGCUAUGAAGGCUUCCUCAUCUCUUUAUUGAUUUCAACGUGAAAAAUCUUAGAUUUCAACGUGAAAUACACAGUUCCAGCGUUGACCACCGUAAGUAGCUGGCAUUUUCUGAACUCCAACAACUGUCUGAAUUAUAGGAACUGAAAAUAGGAAUUUGGAAGAAAAAUAUUAUUUUGCAUUUUCAAUAUCAGUUCUGUUAAAGUAAAAUUACCUUGUGGUGCUCUCAGGGCCCUACUUCCUUGAUGAUUUCUGUAAUUUUUCCAACAUUCAGUCUGCUUCUCCGUUAUUAUGUUGUCAAAAUUCGCACUUUCACGCUCAAGAUACUGUCUUCUGCAGGUUCAUGCUUGUUUCGAAACUUCAGAAGCCUCCAUCUCUGCUUUACACCCUGGUAAUGGUUUAUUUUCAUAUUUUCUCUCUCGUUAUGUUCAUCUUGUAUUUUCCCCUACAUGCGUCAAUGCGGAAUGUUAGCCAUGGAUUAGCCUGUACAUAGCAUUGUACGAAAUAUAAUCUGUGAUGUGCUAUUUGACUGCAAAUUAAGUGGAAAAUCGUCUGUAUAAUCUAAAUGUAAGGUUUACCAUACCACGCUAUGCUGUAGCAGGUUGCUGUUUUACUUUAGAUGUUCAAAGUUUAAUGAUGCUAUACUCCGCUUAGGCGUGUCCUUGAGGUACUCACAUCAGGACAAUCCACGUAGUUUCCAUUACCAGCAGGAACUGGUUGAGGUGAAACUAUAGUUGGGUAUCUUGAGGAGUAUGAGCAGUAAUUUCCUUCAGAGGUUAUCACCAAAAAAAAAAGAGAGCUGUCCCUGUACGUGGAUAACAGAUAAUCUAUGUCAUGACAUGCCUAGUUACUGCAUUUACGGCUUCAUGUAUUUAUCUUACGUGAUUUAUUCUAUUGGUUUUGAUAACUGAUCUGUCUGUGAGUGUAGAAUUGAGCAGUUAUCGAAAUUAUGCAGAGUUGUAGACAUGAGAGCUGGCUCAGUAUUGCAAAUUAUUUGAUCGAAGAUGUGCCUCUCGUCCUAGAGUCAGAGAAUCCGGUUACAAUCUAUGAAGUCCUCUGUCUUGUAUUUUCAUCUCUUCCUGCUAGUGCUGGAGAGUUUAUCAAGUGGGUUGCUGAGGUCAAGAGACACGAGGAAAAUGGAACAAGCUUAAGCAUGGAAGAGAAGGGAAGGCUUACUGCCAAGGUAUUGCAUUUUAUACAUUAGCUUUCCUUUUAGGGUAUGUCGUGCAUAUCUUAAUGAUAUAUAACAUAUCUUAAUUAUAUGUUACAGGAAGAGGUGCUGGAUCAAGUUCACAGGACCGAAUUAUUUAGAUUUGUUUCAGAGUGCCUCUCUCUUUCAAACCCAUUUUGUCAGAAUAUAAAACCUUUGAGUGACACGGAUUCAUUACCUGAGAUCGCAGCUAAUAUUUGCUGCCAAGGAGCCCAACUAUUGAUGGGAAACUUUGGGAUAGGUGAAAGAUUUUCCUGUAGCUCAACAUGUAUAAAGGGCUCCAGGUCCAAUGGCGACAAGCCUUUGACAGUCGUUUCAGGUACAGUGGUGUCCGGAAGCAAUGAGCAAGGCGUCGAUGUGCUUGUACCCAUGUCACCAGGGAAAUCAAACAGUCGUUUCCCAAACAGUUGCUCUAUGAUGCACCCGGCGAACAAUGAUAUUUUAACCGUCUUGAUUUUGGCCUUACCUCCUGCCACAUGGUUAGGAAUUAAGAACGCAAAGUUAUCGGAGGAAAUUCGUGCGCUUGUUUCCACUGAGAAUCUCCCUGAUGUUCUUCAAGAUGAGGUAAAUUUUAUGGCAAUUUCAUUCUUGCUGCUUUCACAUUUUGGUAAUAAACCUUGAUGUGGCCUGUUGGAUUUGCCCAACGCCCGUUUAUGGAAUUAUGCACUUUUUUUCCUUUCCGCUUGUGUGUUAUUUGGUAAUUUCCAACGAGUCCACAAGGAUGCGUCAUCAGAUUAUCAUAAUCAUUGGGUGAGAUUUGUUCUUUAGAUAUUUGUGUGUGUGCGCGCAUAUAUAUGAACAUAUAUUUUUGGGGUCUUUAUUUGACCAUUCUACCCUUCAUAUCUGCAUCCUGAAAAUGUGGCUGGCACAUCAAAUCCUUGAAAAGCCCAGAAAUGAUUAAAAGCUCAAUGGGAUGAUGCCAUCUUGAAGAGGAAGAAUCGCAUAUUCUUCGGAUCCAUGAAUGGCUGUGUUAUUUGAAGCUAGCCGAUGAAGCAUGAUUUUCCCCUGACGGUGCGCGAUCAUCGGCUCAAUGACAUGCUCUUCUGAUGUCCUAUUUCCGCAGGUUCUGCACCUGAGGAGGCAGCUCCAUUAUCUCAAGGAGUGCUAG